AUGGACAUUGGAACCCAACUGUAUCCUCCGCGUUUGAUUCGGCCGCCACGCUCUUUUGACGAUCUCUUCAACCAGCUGCAUUUGGUUAGCUGUGCCUCUCCUUCACACCGAUUCCAGGAGAAUAUCCUCUGUCUCGUCUGUGGUCGUCUGCUCUGUGCUCUUUGUGCACACGUCUCGUCGGUCCUCGUUGAGGUACCAGAGCUUAUCUUCCCUUCUCUUUUGGCCUUUUUACAAGAUGUUCAUCUGUUCCCUUUCACCAAAGCCGGUUCAUUAUUGCCAUUAUGGCAAAUUGGUCUAUGUUGA